UUUUGUUGGGUCCUGGUCCCUCCAGCCUGCAAAUCCAGCAAACCCCAAACUCCCUCCUCUUCAUUAUUAUAUCUUCCUUAACCAGCAAACACCUCACACCCUCUUCCAUAUAUACUCAAGCUUAGUUCUCUCUAAGGUCCAAGCUUAGUUCUAUGGCCAAGUCACCGGAGGAUCCCAGUUUCUGGCUCCCUUCCGAUUUCCUUACAAACGUCGACGACGUUCACAUCAUGAACCGCAUCUUCCCCACCGAGUUUCCAUACGAGUUCGACUCGUCGUCCGGUCCCAACUCGGCCCUGAGCUCCCCGGUGGAGGGCUCCACCGAGACGGAGAGCAGCAGCGACGAGGAUGACUUCCUCGCCGGGUUAACUCGCCGCCUGGCUCAGUCCUCUCUCAGCCAGACUCAGAAGCUUUCCGUCCCCAACUUCACUCAAGAAAAGCAGCCUGAGUGGGUCAUGUCCGGGUCACCUCAGUCGACUCUGAGCGGAAUCGGGAGCUGGUCGAGCAACGGCAGCCCGGCGGCGCCUUCUUCUCAGGUGCCGUCUCCUCCAACGACGCCGUUUGGAGGUCAGAACGACACCUGGGACCUGAUUUACGCCGCCGCCGGACAAGUGGCCAGGUUGAAGAUGAACAGUGUCGACGGAGCAGCCAAGUUUGGUAACAACAACGGCAGAGGGCUUCUGGGCCCACCUAGAACCCCAAGUCCGUCUCUUCCUUGUGUCCAAAACCAAAGCCCCUUCACUCAGUUUCAGCAAAUGAGACAAGACCAAGUACUAAACUCACAGUGCUCUGCUCCUUGGGGAAAAUCUAUGAAGCUUAAUAACUGGUCAGCUCAGCAACAACAGCAGCAACAGAUCCAAAGCAGAGGAAGAAACAUUGUUGGUUACGAAAGUGGAAGAUGUCAAAGUGCAUGGCCUCCUCUUCAAGCUCAGCAACAACAUCCACAUCGUAAUACCCGACCCGUUUUGCCUAACGGGUCUAACGUGAAAAGGGAGUCUACCGGCACCGGUGUCUUCUUGCCUCGCCGGUACUCCAACCCCAGUCCCACUCCUGAGCCUCCUCGCAAAAGAGCAGGUUGUCCAACUGUUUUGCUCCCAGCCAAGGUGGUUCAAGCUCUGAACUUGAGCUUUGAGGACAUGAAUGUUCAUCAUCAUCAGCAACACCAUCUUCAGCCGCGAUUCAACAAUACUGCUUUGGCUCCAAACCAUGAGGCUCUGGUGGCAAGAAGAAACGCCCUAUUGACUCAGCAGAGAAGGGGUUUAAGGCAAGACGGGCCAUUAAACUAUGAAGUGCGCUUGCCUCAGGAAUGGACCUACUGAUCCCAACUGAUCAGCUAUUCUGGUUAAUAGUCUCAUUCCAUUCCAAAGGGGUUUUGUGACUUUGGUUUGUUGGGCAAAAGCAAAAGCUGGAAAGCAAGACAGCAAGUGUUAUAAAAAGCAGUAGUAGUAGUAGCAGCAGCAGCAGAGUUUGUGAUAUUUGGGUUUUAUUAAUUUAUUUAUUAUAGUUAAGGAGAUUCAAGAAUGUUUGAGCUUAGUUUAGGAUCAAUAAAGAUGAUGAUAUCCAGGUUUUUUUAAUGGCGGAUGUUUGCAGCAGCUUCUGUGGGGGGCUCUCUCUAUAGCUUUUAGAUCAAGGAAGAAGAAGAAGAAUGUGUUGUAAUAAAGGGGCUAGGUUUUUUUCGAGGGUAAUCAAAUUUCUUGUUGUGUAAGUGAAAUUUCACAACCCUCUUGUAAGAUUAUUCUACUAAUAAGUAAUAAGAAAUGUUUUAGUACUCUC